GGAUGCUAGUCAGAUUUGUUUGUGCUGAGCCACAGUGGGAACUCCCAUCUUUGGGAUAUUUUUGUGUGUACUUCCUCAUGAACCUUGCUAAUCACUGAAACAUGGAUUAAAAGAAGAGUAAAACACACUCUUUUUAUUCCUGUCUACUGUCUCCACUUUAUUUCCCCCUUCUCCUUCUCCGAUUUGGAUUUUCAGGGCUCUCAAUAGUUCUUCCCGUCCUUAAGUGUGGAACAAGGCAGUCAGUGAUAGGGGAAAGAAUGUGACACCGUCUUAGUUGUUAAAGGUAUUUUAAGAGUUGGCAAGAUCCAGUUACUCAUAUUUAACUCAGGUUUACAGUCUUUUCAUAAAUAGUGCAAUUUAUAGUGAAGAGAGCUGUUCACUAUUACUGUUAGUUACUAAAAAUUCUCAUACUUAGGACCUCAAAACCCCAUAUUUUAUGUCCUAGGUUUUCUGUAUUUUAAUAUUUAAAUCCCUGUUAUUUAAUUUCAAAAUAACCAGUGAUUUUCUCUCUAAAAAUAUACAAAGAUACUUUGUAAUUUUAGGGCUCCUUUACUUUUAACCAUCAGUAUUUUUGGUAGACGUGUUUACCAGUUUUAUUUAAUAAGUUUAGUUUCCAAGUGUGUGAACCCCAAAUACUUGCCUUUCAGAGUAAGCCAGUGAUUGAUUUAUACCUCUCCAUGUUGUAUAUUGUGAAGAGAACUACCUUUUUGAUGCAUAUGAUGUGGGUUUAUUGGAGACAGCAGUUUCCCUCUCGGCAAGGACUAUAUUAUUGUGUUUUACAAAAUGCGUUCUUACACCAUUUAUACUAAAACUAAAGAAGAAAUUUAAACACAGAAGUGUCUAGUACAUUUUCCUUCCUUGAGUGGGAAUCUUUUUUUAUAAUUUGGAAAUGUACCAUUAACUCAUUUAUAAAAUGUCUCGUUUCAUUUUUGAGGAAUUCAAGUUGGAAUGCCAGCCAUACAGUAGUCUGUAAGAGGAGCGGUAACUGGCAUUAAGACAUGCGCUUAAGCAAUAGAGGAAUUUACUUUUCAGUGUCUUCCAAGGUCCAUGAGAACGCACACUUAUUUACCCAGAGGGUUUGGAUCUCACUGUGUUUGUCCAGAGGGUGUGACUGUGGAGGAGAACACCAGCUGGACUCACUUCAAAAUCUCUUGAAGCCACCUUUUAGGAGAUGUGGAAAAGUGUGUGAAGGGAGAAAGCGUCAAGAGCAGAAAGUUUAGGUGAAAGGGAAGCUCUGCAUGUUGCAGGAGUGGAAAUGCAGUUAACGGCUGCGGUAUCAUUUUUGACCAUUCUACAGGAAGAAUCAGUGUCAAUUCAUACAUAUGCCCACUCCUUCCUCCAAGUCAUUCUACUCCACCUGGAGCACAGGGAUGCAGGUGUCAGCAACGCGUGGCUUGAAACUCUUCUUUCUGUUAUAGACGUAUUGCCCAAAGAGACCCUAAGGCAUGAGAUUUUGAAUCCACUUGUUUCCAAGGCACAACUUUCCCAAACAGUCCAGUCUCGUUUAGUUAGUUGUAAAAUUUUAGGAAAAUUGACCAACAAAUUUGAUGCACAUGCCAUUAAAAGAGAAAUACUUCCCUUGGUAAAAUCGCUCUGUCAAGAUGUAGAAUACGAAGUUCGAUCUUGUAUGUGUCGGCAGUUAGAAAACAUAGCUCAGGGCGUUGGGACAGAACUUACAAAAAGUGUGGUGCUCCCUGAAUUAAUAGAACUUUCUAGGGAUGAAGGCAGCAGUGUACGGCUGGCAGCUUUUGAAACUUUGGUUAAUCUGCUCGACAUAUUUGAUACAGAUGACAGAAGUCAAACUAUACUUCCCUUGGUGAAAUCAUUUUGCGAAAAAUCUUUCAAAGCAGAUGAAUCAAUUCUUAUUUCCUUAUCUUUCCAUUUGGGAAAACUGUGCCAUGGGCUGUAUGGAAUUUUCACUCCAGAUCAACACUUGAGAUUUUUGGAGUUUUAUAAGAAACUUUGUACAUUGGGUUUGCAACAAGAAAAUGGACACAAUGAAAACCAGAUUUCACCCCAAAUCUUAGAGCAGGAGAAGAAAUAUAUUUCAGUACGGAAGAACUGUGCUUAUAACUUUCCGGCCAUGAUUGUUUUUGUGGAUCCUAAAAACUUUCACAUGGAACUCUAUUCUACAUUCUUCUGCCUUUGUCACGACCCCGAAGUACCAGUCAGAUACACUAUUGCUAUUUGCUUUUAUGAAGUGUCUAAACUUCUGAAUUCUGGAGUAUAUUUAAUACAUAAAGAACUAAUAACAUUAUUACAAGAUGAAUCACUGGAGGUACUAGAUGCUCUCAUAGAUCAUCUUCCAGAAAUUCUGGAACUUAUGUCCACUGGUGGAGAAAGCAGUGUUCAAGAAAAUAAGUUAUCAUCCCUGCCUGACUUGAUUCCGGCUCUCACAGCAGCUGAGCAGCGAGCUGCAGCCUCUUUGAAGUGGAGAACUCAUGAGAAGCUGCUCCAGAAAUACGCCUGUCUCCCACACGUCAUAUCAAGUGAUCAGAUUUAUUAUCGUUUCUUGCAGAGAAUGUUCACAAUCAUGAUGACAAAUAAUGUCUUACCUGUGCAAAAGGCAGCUUCACGAACUCUAUGCAUUUUUCUCCGUUAUAAUCGUAAACAAGAACAGAGACAUGAAGUCAUUCAAAAAUUAAUCGAACAACUGGGCCAAGGAAAAAGUUAUUGGAAUAGACUCCGAUUUUUGGAUACCUGUGAAUUUAUUAUAGAGAUCUUUUCCAAAUCAUUUUUCUGUAAAUAUUUCUUUCUACCUGCUAUUGAACUGACACAUGAUCCAGUAGCAAAUGUGAGAAUGAAGCUCUGCUGCCUGUUGCCCAAAGUGAAAUCCACUCUGAAGAUCCCUGCGGAUAAGCAUCUACUUCAGCAGUUAGAAAUGUGUGUGAGAAAACUCCUCUGUCAAGAGAAAGAUAAAGAUGUUCUGGCUAUCGUGAAAAGAACCGUGUUAGAGUUGGACAGAAUGGAGAUGUCUAUGGAUGCUUUUCAGAAAAAGUUUUAUGAAAAAGAUUUGUUGGAUCAAGAGAAAGAAAGAGAAGAGCUACUUCUUUUGGAAAUGGAACAAUUAGAAAAAGAAAAGCAACAAAAUGAUGGAAGGCCCAUGAGUGAUAAAACCUUUGAAAAGAAACGUAGAGACACCAAGACACCCACAACUCUCCCCAAGAGCAUCCCCGUUUCUGUUCCUGGAACCUCUUCUGGCACCUCAUCCACAAGCAAAGAAAUCAAGAAAUCCAAAUUGAUUCGAAGCCAGUCUUUUAAUAAUCAAGCUUUUCAUGCAAAAUAUGGCAGCCUAGACAAGUGCGCUAGUAAAACGUCUGCAGCAGCGGCAUAUACCCCGUCCGUCUCAGGCUUAGCAAAGACUUCCAUGAUUUCACUAAGUGAUGAUUCAUUCCGGACUCGAAAUGCCAGCAGUGCUCCGAGUUCCUUCUCAUCUAACACCCCCCUGCCUGGCACCUCCCGAGGGACAGGCAGCUCAUCUGAUCCAAAGAGCAGCGGAAGUAAAGACACACAGCCACGGAAGGCCACCUUAAAAUCCAGAAAGUCCAAUCCUUAGAUGAUCUGCUUGAUGAAGGAGGUAAAACAAAGACAACUGGCAAUGAUGUGAUUGAUGGACAAAAGCUAAAGUGGUAGUUGGGGUUCUUUUCUUUUUUUAAUGAAUGGAAAAGAGAUACGCGAUGGCCGCUGAUAGUGCUCAGUGUUCCAUAUUUGAAAUUAGAUUCCCUGGGAGGUAUAAUAUCUAUUUCUUGAAUAAUAAUGUGGUUACAGAAUUCCAGUGUUCUAGUGAAGUAUAGUGAAAACACAUCUUUAGGUAUGUGCUUUAAGUACUGCUUCAAAUGAGACAAGUCUGCAUUUAUUUGUGCAGGAAACCAUCUAUUUAAUUGUUCUAGAGUUUAGCAUUUAAAAAUUGUUUGAAAGGUCCAAAUCAGCUGAAAUCGACUGCCUCGAGGAUCACUCAGAGGGGGACUCUGGAGUAAGGACACUGCAUUUUUCUCCCAGAUCUCCAAGCCCAGUUGAAAAGUCACGCUGACACAGGGUACAAACAGCUGUCCAAAAUUAUAUCAGCCCUGCAAUUGUGGUGACAAGAUGUUGUACCUGGACAUUCCGAAAUUAAAAUUUGGCGAUGAAAAUGCUACAAAGAUUUCUGAUAACUUUUAGCUACCACUACCUUAAAAAUAAUAGAGUGAUGAUUUCCUUUAUUUCCUAGAAGAAUUUAUUUUAUAAAUACUUUGUUUACAUUUUAGAUUGUAUUUGUCCUUACUGAAUUAAAAAAUGAUGAAUCUAGUUUGAAUCAGCUGUUAUUCCAAGCUAUCAUGCUUAAGCUAUGUCAACAGCAUUUAUUUGUACUAAUGCUAAUAUUUCCAUCAAAAUUUGCCUGUGGAAUAUAUACAGUUCUUAAUUUUAAAACGUCAGUUCUUGAGAUAUACUGUAUGAAGCUAUUGUCAGCUUCUCUAUUUCAAAAUGCAAUCCGCAUAUAACUACAUUGAUAUUAGAAAAUUUUGUUUUUUUAACUAUAUUGAUGUAUGAUAAAGAUGAUCUAAUUUGUGAAUGCAUAUGCGUGUGUGGUUACUUUUUAUAAUGUGAAAUAAUAAUGAAUUGACU